CACCGCGCCUUCAACGGCUUCAGUCAUUCAAGCAGCUCAGCCUUGGUGUUCGUGAGAGCGUCUGUUCUGUUAGGCCAUCUGGGUUCGGGUAACCUGUGUCCUGAAGCGGACCGGUCCCUGAACGGGGGUCUUUACUCUCUCAUUUCGAGGUGAACUUUCCCGUCCAUGCUUCAGGAAUCACCGGCCGUUGACGGGAAGCGAGCGUUUGGGCGGCAGAAGCGGUGCUGUCAGCGAUAUAACAGCAGAAAGCCUUAAAUAUACAGACAUAAACCAACCGGAAAGAGAACUGAGGGAAUCGAACCAUACUUUAAAAGCAACUUGAUGGAUUUAGAGACCGGAAGAAACGAACUGGGAGCAAUGGGAGACUCGAUGCAGCCGCAGACCCCCAGUCGCCACGAGAAAAGUCUCGGACUGCUCACGACUAAAUUUGUGACUCUGCUGCAGGAAGCAAAGGACGGAGUGCUGGAUCUGAAAGCUGCUGCAGAUACUUUGGCUGUAAGGCAGAAACGGCGCAUCUAUGACAUUACCAAUGUUUUGGAAGGCAUUGGACUCAUCGAGAAGAAAUCCAAGAAUAGCAUCCAGUGGAAGGGUGUUGGUCCAGGUUGCAACACGCGUGAAAUUGCAGACAAGCUGAUAGACCUCAAGUUGGAAUUGGAGGAUCUUGACAGGAGGGAACAUGAACUGGACCAGCAGAGAGUUUGGGUUCAGCAGAGCAUCAAGAACGUGACAGACGACUCAAUAAAUAGCCCUCUGGCGUAUGUAACACAUCAAGACCUCUGCAAUUGCUUCAAAGGUGACACUCUUCUAGCAAUCAGAGCUCCUUCAGGAACGCAGCUGGAGGUUCCUGUGCCUGAAUCUCAUGUUAACGGACAAAAGAAGUACCAGAUUCACCUGAAGAGCUCUGCAGGCCCCAUUGAGGUCCUGCUGGUGAAUAAGGACCCCACUAGUUCUUCUCCUGUGGUGCUGCCUGUGCCCCCGCCUGAUGACAUGCUUCAGAGCCUGUCCACCCCAGCUUCAACUACCUCCGCUGCUGCUGCACCCACCAAACCGGCAGCCAACAGUACGCCAACCUCCACCUCCACCUGCCAGAGUCCCACCACCACCUCCGCCACUGCCGUCCCUCCCAACACAACCACUGCCUCUGCUGCUGGGGCAAAUACAGAGAUUUCAAGCACCUCCACUUCAGAUACAACAGUCAAUCCGACAUCUUCAACAGACGCGCAGCAGCUACAGUCUUCUGCUUCAUUGGACAGCAGCUCUUCACUUCCUGAUUCCUCAACCCUUUUUGAACCAAUCAAAACAGACCCUUCAGAUCUGCUGGAUCUUCCCAAAGAACUUUCAGAAAUGUUUGACCCGAAAGAAAUUAUGAGCACAGAUUUGCUUGAGGAGCUGAUGUCGUCAGAAGUUUUCUCUCCGCUCCUCCGUCUAUCCCCUCCUCCGGGUGACCAUGACUACAUCUAUAACUUGGAUGAGACGGAGGGCCUUUGCGACCUCUUUGACGUUCCCAUUGCCAACCUUUGACCUCCAAACACACCGUACAAUGAGAGUAGUGUACUUAAAAGAACUUUCUUUUUUGAUUUACCCUUUCAAAAGGAGAAAAAACAAAGCGUGGCUCUGUGUCAGAUCCAUAUGUAUGAUAAGCUGAUUCUGUGUAUAUAAAGCUUUUUUAUAUGUGUAUAUUUACUCCAACCCAAAAGCAGCUGACUGAAAAUGAACUUUCCCUGCUAAAUUCAACCGAUCCAGUCUGAUGCAGACAUCAGACGUCCAAACCAUUUUUGUUUAAUCUCAAACUAACUGCUUUUAUACAACUUUUGUAUAGACACAGAGGGAAUUUGAUGUUUGUCUCAAAAUUCACCAGCAAUUGGUUAAUGGUUCAAUGAUAAUACCAGCUAGAUGUGUCUUCCUCUUUUAAAGUAGCACCUUUUCCUCCCUCUCGCUCAGUGUAUUUAUUACUGAUCUGGACGCAACUAUUAUACAGAUUGCUAAUGAAACGGUGUGUUAUUUUAUGAUUAUGCUUUUGAAGAAAGCAUGCCUCUAAUGCAUACAUUGUGAAGCAAUUCUGCCAAUAGGAAGAAGUUUCUCAUCUUGCGUCAAAUGACCGCUCUCUGAAAAACCAUGAGGAAGUAAUUAAAUUACACUAAAAGCUUAGUUGUGAAAAUUGCAUUGUGUGGAAUUGAUACAGUUUGGUGCUAAACAGCGAAAUCUAUUUAUCAUAGCGUCAGAAAAAGUGAAGAAACAUACAUAAGUGUUGGAUGAACCAUUCCUACUUGUCUAUUUCAUGUGUGAUUUAUUAAUGCUACAUGUCUCACAAAAUUAUAGAAGCUCGUUUUCACCACGGAUUUUCAAAUUUUUUUCUCACAUUUGCAAGAAAUAAAAAGUUGCAAUGGUUGCCUUUAUUCAGUCUGAAACGCAAAAAUUUGAGCGAUGUAAACUUAGAAUUCUGAGAAAACAAGUUUGAAUCGUUAGAUUAGAAUUCUGGGUUUAUCUCGAAAUUCUGAGAAAAUGUUUUUUCCAAAAUUGUGAGAUAAAAAGUCUUUUCUGUGGCAGAAACAUGCUUUCAUAUAACGUGGCUAUACAGUAGCUUACGAUGUGAAUAUAAAUUUAACCUUGUUUAAAGGACUAACUGCUGUGGAAAGGUCACUGUACAAAUGUUAAAUUAGAUGCCAAUUGCUAUUUUUGUAUUUUAAAACAUUGUCCCUCCCUGUUUUCAGUCUCUAAAGUCCAUCUGUUCUUAUCCCGUUUAUAUAUGUGUAUAGAUGCUUUUGAAAAUGUGACAUCUUCAUUAUGUCUGUAUAUGAGAAAAACUGUCUAAAGAAGGAUGUGGGUGCGGGAGUAAAGAGAAGUCGCAAUAUGACGAAAUGGAGUAUCAGUGUGCUGUGUAUUGAGCGCUGUCCAAACAGAAUGUCAUUAUAUGUGGGUUCCUGACCGUGUCGGUACUGAUGGUUGGCCCCACUCAAAUCUUCUCGUUCCUGUCUGCUAAAUAAUAUUUUUAUGCUUGUACACAGUAAGCAUUUGCCAUUUAUUUUUGUACUUGAUAGAUCUCCAACUGCUCUGGUUCUCAUUUGAUAAAUAGGCUGCAGUUCCUUCUGUCUGGCUUAUUUCCACAUUGCACUUUAAAACAGUUUAUUAGCAGGUUAACUUCAAGCCCUAUGCAUUGAACGGGCUGGCUGAAUCAGUUUUACAGUAUCCAGGGAAUUUAAGCAGUUUUUAAAAUCUUCACUGUGUCAUUGCAAAAUAUCGGAAUUGUUGUUCUUUACUGGAGUCAUCAUCCCCAUGAAUAAAGAAUGUUUUUGUA